GUCGAAUUUCAUAAAUAAAAGGCAUAACUUUUUUUUUACAAUUCCAUUAAAUCAACUCUUUAUCUUUUUCAUCAUGCUUAAUCUAUCUCUCAUUCUAUCCAUUGCUUCAUUAGUCUCAUCUACUCUGGCUGCCUCUUCUGCAUUUUAUGGCUUGAACUAUGGUGUCAAUAUGUAUGCAUGCCCUACGUUAGAAGAUGUCAAACGUGAUUUUCGGAUUCUAUCCCAAUACACAAAUACAGUUCGUAUUUACUCCAUCAAGGACUGCAAUCUAGGUGAGCUAGCAUUGAAGGCCUCACAAGCGACCAAACUGAGACUCUAUUUGGGCAUGUGGGUCGAUAAGUCUGACUCGUUUGAUAGAGAGUUCAGUGCUUUGAAAACUAUUGCGGAAUCAAAUCGCUUUUAUAACGUUGAGGCUAUUAUUGUGGGGUCUGAAGUAAUGUACAGAGGUGACUUGGAGCCAAAUGAAUUGGUAGAUCGUAUCGAGAAAGUCAAGUCCUUGGUCAGUCCCUUAGGUCAAACAAAAGUGACAACCGCGGACGUAUAUUAUAAAUUCACGCCUGAGAUUAUUAACGCUGUCGAUUUUGUUAUGAUGAAUGCUUUUAUUUACUGGGAAGGUAUUAAUGUGGAUCAAGCUACAGAUACCUUGAUGGCACAUUAUCAAUCUGUAAAGGAUAUGUCAAAUGGUAAACUAGUUCGUAUCUCUGAAACUGGUUGGCCAGAUCAAGGAGAUCAAAACAUGGCAUCUAUUCCAUCGUCUGAGAACCAGAAAAACUUCUUACUUCAAACUCUCUGUAGAACCAAGCAACAAGAAAUCGACAUGAUUUGGUUUUCCGCUAUUGAUGAAGGUUACAAACCAGGUGUAGAAAGCCACUUUGGUUUAUUGGAUUCCAAUCGACAAUUAAAGAAAGAUUAUACUUAUGAGAAACUCAUGAACCCUUGUUAA